UGCUUUUACUUUUCCUCCACUGGGAAAAAAGGCUGCUCCAGUUUCGUCCUUGUUUAUAUGCCUUCGGAGAUCAUACAGCUCUCUUAUUAAUCCUCUGAUUGGGAAAGAUGGCCAGUCGUGAUAAUUACCUUCGGCAGGACUGGCAGAUGGUGCAUGGUGUUCCAAUGAUCUGCGCAUUUUCCUUUGAUUGGGACAGAAUUGAGAAUUUCCAGAGUCGACCUGAUGAUAUUGUGAUAUCGACAUUCCCCAAAUCUGGUACAACAUGGAUGAGUGAAAUUGUGGACAUGAUUUUGCACAGUGAUGACCUUGAGAAACGCAAGCAAGACGCCAUUUUCAAUAGAGUGCCUAUGCUAGAAUUUGUUGCCCCCGGGAAUAUGCCAGCAGGCACAGAGCAAUUAGCUCAGUUACCAUCUCCUCGAAUAGUGAAGACUCAUCUCCCAGUACAACUUCUUCCAAAGUCCUUCUGGGAAAAUAAGUGCAAGAUGAUCUAUGUGGCUCGCAACGCAAAAGAUGUAGCUGUCUCUUAUUACCACUUUGACUUGAUGAACAAGCUGCACCCAGAACCUGGUACCUGGGAUGAAUAUCUGAAGAAAUUCAUGGCAGGGAGAACAGGUUUUGGACCCUGGUAUAAUCACGUGAAAACCUGGUGGAAUAAGAGGAAUGAGCACCCCAUGCUAUAUCUGUUCUAUGAAGACAUGAAAGAGGAUCCAAAGCGUGAGAUUAAGAAAGUCAUCGGUUUUUUGGGAAAGGACCUGUCAGAAUCAGCUGUGGAUAAAAUUGUAUGCAACACCUCCUUUGACAAGAUGAAGGAGAACCCUGGUACAAAUUAUAGGAUGGUUCCAACUACACUAAUGGAUCUGAAUAUCUCUCCAUUUAUGCGCAAAGGCAUUGCUGGCGAUUGGAAGAAUUAUUUUACUGUUGCUCAGAAUGAGACAUUUGAUGAAGAUUAUAAGAAGCAAAUGGCAGAUACAACACUCCAAUUCCGAACGGAAGUCUGAAGUUCCUUGUAGCUACAACACAAUUGCCCUUGUUCUCUUGUUUGAUACAAAGCCUAACAUUUAGUAAAUACCUUGAGCUUC